GCCGAGGCCGUCUGCGGUGAUGCCCGUCCGACCGAGCAGGUGACGGAGUAGCUUUCACUGGUCAGGAGUCCUUUGCUCGGGCGAAGGCAGAGAGAGGGAAGGCGUGCUCAAGUGUUGGGAGGAGGGGCGACGUCAGCGAGGAAAAGCAGCUGUGAAGACGGUGAGGAAGGGAGGGGGCUGAGUAAAAGUGAGAGGGUGGUGCUGAUGAGACUGGAGGGACACGGGAGGAAUGUUGACAAAGCAAGUGGGUUGUGUGCAUGUGUUGGACUUAUUUUGACCGAAGGCCGGAUGUCAGUUCAGACCGGAGAAACACGCGACGGAGCCAAGUGUGUUUAAGGGUGCUCAUUAGAAAUGGUGCCGAUCAAAUCAAAUUGUACGCCUGCUCUGUUCCAGAUUAGGCCCUCUGAAGCCGUGAUAAAACCGGACCCGAAACACAUUCCAAACCCUCCGAAGAUGUCAAUUUGUCUCCCGUUUGCUUGGCCGCUUUGUUAUUGUCGCCAUGGUUGUUGGAGCAAGGCCUGUAGUGUUUGACCUGUUGACCUGUUGUACGUACGCGCUGCCGGACGGCCGGGCAGCCGAGAGGCAUUCGGAGAGCAUUCGCCCGUCCUUCUGUCCCCGGCGUCUUUGGUCACAGCGUGUCCGUAGAACUAGCGUCCCCUCAGGCUGACUGCCAGGCCUCCUGAGGCUGUCAAAACAGGUGAUCCACCCCCCUUCUCCCCCCCCAACACACACACACACAACCUAUACCACUCCAAGCUGACAUGGCUUCCGCGGCUCGUAUUCGGCCUCCUCCCCUCAGUCCUGUCCCCUCUUCUGUCCCUGUCCUGUGUCCACCCUCCGUCUUCUCCUCCCACCGAUACAUAAAUAGCCUCGGGGCUUCUCCGCAGUGGAGGACAGCAACAAACAUUGGCCUUGAGUGGAAAGAGUUGGUAAACACCGAGUGGAUUCGGGUUGGUCAAACGCUCGACUCGGCGCGUCGUUUUCUGCGCCAGCCGACGUGGGAGGCUGUCGGUCGGGGCAGUUGUGGCCCUGCGGCCGGCCUGAGCCAUGGGGAACGAGGGCAGCGCAACUGAAGCGUUGCCAGAAGAGGGCGCUCCAGAGAACGUUCUUCUGUUUCCACCCCAGGAUAAUCACAAUGACUCAUUACAGGUCGAAGCUCCUGCUGAGAGUUUGACCCGGAGGGACGACCGAGCGCUUCUGACCGACACCUCGACCGGCCGGCAGGGUCUGCUGGCCGAACCAGCGCUGCCAGACAUCGCGGUCAUCGCCGGAGUGGAGGAGAGCGCAUGUGAGCCCGGAGACGAGCUCGAGUUUCCGCACGACCUGCUGCCCAGUCUCGACUUCAGCAGUGAGUUCCACAUCUGGGAGUCCUCGUUGGGAGCUCAGAGCAGCUCAGGCGAGAGGAAAUGUGAGCAGGGGAACCCCCUGCUGGCAGGCCUGCAGCCACACAUGGACAGCCGACCACCGGGGGUGAUCGAUGCGAGGUACCAGGGAGACAAGGCUCAGCAUGAUGGGGGCGAGUCGGGCGUCUGCUGUGGGGCUGUCGGAGUGUGUUCAGCAGGGAGGGUGAAGAGUAAAACCGGGGUGCAUGGAGUGAAACAACCUGCUGAUAUUGUGAGUGUUGUUUGUCUGAGUAGACUUGGCUUGAGGCGUAUAGACCCUCUUUUUGUUUUCUGGCAUUGUGCUCUUGGCUGAGUGCUAAUUUGACUAAGGUUUUAAUGUGGUCUGACAACCCAAAUUCUGGCGCUAGCUAGAAUACUUGUUAUGACUGUAUUUGAACGUGUAAAAUUAUGAGUUUACUAUAAGGGCAACGCAGUGACAAAGUAAAUUCCGUGGAGUGAUCAUAGUAAUUAGGGACUAUUGGGGAACUACCACGAUGUACCUUCUGACUUGCAGAAUGCAUCUAAAGAGCACAGUGUCUAAUAAUGUAGAUCCGUGAGACACACCUGGUCCGUUCCUCUUCGCGUAGAUGUGGCAGGCAACAGCUUGUUGCUUAGCACAACGUUCCAGCUGCAAACAGUUCAGUCAUAUUUGCCGCUCCUCCCUUUUGGUGAAGAGUGCCAGGUGAAUCAGAUGCAGGUUUGAGCAGCAGGUCGGUGAGGUGAGUAACAUGUUUUUUAGCCCUUAGGCUUUGCGCUUCGAUUGUAUUAACUGGUAACCAGUUAGCUGCUGCGACGCUUAGUGACAUUAUUUGUCACUUUGCUUAUUCACAUCUCAACAUGAAUAAUGACUAUAGCGGUUGUGUCAUUCAUUAAAUACACGCAUGGGUGGUUUUGUGGGAGGGCAGAUUUCAAGUAACAUGCUGAUGACAUGUGUUGUGAUGGUGGAUCUAAACAUUCAGUCAGGCUUAAGGAUUACGAUGAUUCCACAGCAUUUCCUUUGCUGCCAGCAGUGACUCAGCGGCUACGACUGACUGGCACAAAGCUCGCCCAAUUGUUAAAGACAUUAUAUCCCGAGCACUCUAAUAUGAUGAUGCUGUCUGCGGGGAGUUCUGCAGGCCAAUCUCUCUGCUUAUGAUAAACGGUCCAUAAUGAGUCAGUCUUUGUUUUGGUGAAUAAGCACUACAUACAGAAUGUAUGAUAAUCCCUAACAUGAUUAGGCCGUAAUGUAGUAUUACAACAGUUACAGCAUAGAGUCGUCUACUGGUCUAUACCAUUAGUACUUGCUACUUGUAGUACUGGGUUCAAACGUAAAAAGGUGGCAUGAAAAAUAUAAAAAAUAUAAAAUAUCAUCAUUGUUUGGCUUUUGUCACACUUACAUAAGCAGGCUGUCACAUCACAUUAAGGAAAUAAUAAUUAACCGCUUGUUAAAUGCUGUGAUGAUUAUUUGCAUAGGUGUUACGUCCAGGAUCAUAUUUUGUUGUGUGAACAGACCUGCAUGUUCAAUAACAAGCAUAUGCUCAGAGAGAGUUGGUGGUAGUUCUUGCAGGGAACCGGCAUUGUGAGUACACUUGAGCACUGUGUGUUGUGUGUGUGCAUAUCGGGGAGUGCUGUGACUGAGCACAGGCUCUCCCCAACGCAGCGCUUUGUGGCAUCGUGGAAUGAACAGCUGUCUGCCAGCCAGACUCUUAACUGUGUCGCCCCACCCUCGCCUCAGGCCUCACGACAGCGACCCACUUCUGCCAGAUGCUCAGCCGCCACCUCAGCCGGCUGCCGCGCCUUGCCAGGUUUCCAAAAGCGUGACCCCUCCCUUAUCGCUGCUCGUAGACCGGGAGCUCCAAGAGGCCUUCCAGCAAUGUGAAGAACAAAUGGCCUCACUGGGCAUGUUUAAUCCCAUAGAGCCCCCAAGCACCACGUCUGAGACGGUUAAAGUAGAGAGGAAAACUGGAGACGGGGUGGUUAAUAAAUCCUAUGAGUCAUCGCCACCUCCUCCUAUCGUUAUCCAGCAGGGACAUAGCAACGGGGUCCAUGGAAACAAGAGCACACACGGAGACAGUGAGGCAGCAAACCCUCGGACGGAUACAGUUGUGUUUAGUUUCAGGAAUUACAUAUUGGGCACAGAGAGUAGUCCUACGGCCGCAAAGAAAGAGAGUGAAAUAGAAGCAAAACACAGCCUGGAUAAAUGUCCAGAGCUUAAGACGGACAAAGAAAUAAAGAUGGUGGAGCAGAAGGAAACACCCACGCAGACACAAUUAGAAACAACUAAAGAUUUAUUUAAAGAAGAAGACAAUUAUAUUGCUCUCUCUGACAGAGAGGAGUGUGUCAACUCUUAUGCAGCCGUUGGGGAACAUUGCACUCUAGAUUGUAAUUCAGUGAUUAAGGAAGAAGGUACGGAGGCAACCACAGAGACUGUAGAUACAAAGAAAGAUAAUUGCGGCAAUGAGUCCAGUAAUUGCGUUUGUGUUUUUGAAAAAGGAGAGACUGAUGAUUCAGUUAAUGAAACAUCAGAGGGCAGUAAAGAUGCAUUCGCAGAGACAACAACGGGAGCAAACAAUUACAGGGAUCAGGAUCAGGAGGCAAACACAGACAAAUGGAUGAAUUCGUGUGACAAACAUGCCGGGCUGGACAAAAAGGCAAAGAAGAAAGAAAAAAAGAAACAAAGGAAAAAGAAAAAAGUGGAAGAGAAGCACAUAGAGACUGAAAACAAAGCAAAAACUCAGCCUGAAAAUGAUUUAAAGGACACAUCUCUCAAGAAUGCAGGAAAUCACAAAGGUUCAACGGCAGAUAUCAAACCCGGGACACGGGCAGAUGGUCAGAAUGUGAUUUGUGGGGAGCAGCCUGAUAAUGGGUGUGACUCCAAGCGACAGCUGAGUCCCGGGGGAAGCCCCAGCCCCCCACUAUCAUCCCCCCACAGCAGGCAGGAUCAUCUUACUGACUCGAUCUGUUCACCUGUGUCCAACCGAGCUUUUUCACAUAACCACAUAACGGACGCCCCAUGUGGCGUUAAUCAUAGCUCAAUACUGCAGCGGAAGCAACAUGUAACCGAAUGUGUCAUUGACAACCACAAUACACCAGGGACGUAUGUCCAAAAUGCAGUUAUCAAUGCAUCUGUUCAUCCUGAAAAGAGAUUGUGUCCACAAACCAGGGAGGCUAAAGUUACCUCCGACGCAGCGAUACUCUCACAUGAGAAUCGCAGCCCACUCUCAAACACCCAAACUUGUGUGGGAGCGAGCGGCGUGGACGCUGCCCUUGAAGAGGCUUCAGUAGUGGUUGCUGCGUUGCCACUGGCAACACCCACGAUGCCAGAAGUGAUAGAAAGCAAGCGAGAGGGAGAAAGCGAGAGGCGUGAUUCAGGCGAGAGAGCGGCUACUGUAGCAAUCGCGGAGAGGGAGAGAGCGGUAGGAGACAAAGAUCUGGGAGGAGUAGAGAAGUGCUCCGGCUCCGCCGACGGAGAGAAAGAAGGACUCCUGGACAGCCUUUCUCCGCUCGCGUUAAUCUGUUCACGGGGCGAAGAGGGCGAGGCUGCAUCUAAGGAGAGCCGCAGCGUCAAAAUGCCACACAGCUCGACAGAGGCUGAAAUGAACGGAGCGAGAGGGACGAGCGCUCGCAGUCCAGACGCGGAGAUGCCAGCAGAUAAGGGAGACGGAGCAAAGGAGGCUCCCCUGUUAGCAGCCUGUAGCGAUACUCCUCCCUACGGGCUACUCACUGGUCCUGAUUGUCUGGAUCACAGUGCUGCGCGAUCGGGGGGAGCAGGGGAGGGGGGAGGAGGAGGAGGAGGAGGAGGAGGAGGAGAGGAUGUGGGAAAGAAAGCCAGGCUGACCAAAGUGCACAGUUUAUUCAGCCAGCCAGAAGGCUCUGCUAGCGGGGUGUCAUCAGCUGGGACCGAGUCGCCUCCGCCCACCAAUGUUGCCGAGUCACAGCUGAGGUCACAAAGCUGGAGUGAGCCGAUUGCUACCAUAUCUGGGACCAUCUGCACUGAACAGGAUCGUCAUGAAGAAGCAAUCUUACCUCUCCUCAUCGAACUGAGGUCCGGCGAUACUAACGGAGGGGUAAGGGCUGAUCUCGGAAAUAAUUUGAUUGCAGAGGAUGCCCCGUCUUGUGAGAAAGUCAUCCAUCAUAGAGACAGAGAGAAACGACGGCCAAGUCGUCCCGCCUUUACUCCCACCUCAGCACCUGCAUACUUCUCAACAAAUCCUAGCCGAGCGAGCACUGGGUGUGCUCGUAGGGCAGAGCAGUAGAGGCACCAGUAGAGGCAACAACAGGGUUCA